AAGAAUCCCGAAAAGUUCCCGAAAGGAUGACCGACACGUGCCCAUCUCUCUCGAUCCGCAAAACCCUCGCUAAAAUCCAUGGUAUUGUCUUCUUUUUCCGUUUAAGCUCUCUCUGUCUCUCAUAAGGAUGAAAGGGGGCUGCUGUUAGAUUCCUGUUACGCCCACUGACCCUCUCUCUUUCUAGAUUUUUCCUCGCUUUCUUCAUCUUCUUCAGAUCCGUUUUGCAGCUCUCGGGUAUUUUCAAGUGUUGAAGAUGAUUGACACUAUCGAUUCUGCAGGUUCAAAAUGCUCGACCCACUUAUGCUGACCCACUUCAGGUCUCAAAUCUGGUUACGGAAGAGGAAAAAAUGAACACCCCACUAAACCCAUAUCUGAAUUGAUCCAUAAAAGCGGGGGCAGCUCACAAGUUUUAUUUUUUAUUUCCGUCCUUUCUUAAUCUGUGCAAUUUUGGAUACCAGUAGGUUAAAUAGAGGGAUUUCUUUUUAGAGUUGGGUUUUACUGAAUUUGAUUGAUGUAGAAACCAGUCUUGAUUGGUUUCAAGCCAGGAUUUCAGUAAAACUCGCAUCGGGUUCGGCGACGACAAGCUGGAGAAGAUGAGUUUGGGUACGGCGGAGGAUGAUUCGGCAUCGGAGAUUCACAUUCCGCCGGAUAUAGAUUGGCACAUGCUUGAUAAAUCCAAGUUCUUUCUCCUCGGGGCCGCUUUAUUUUCCGGAGUAUCGGCGGUUCUUUACCCUGCUGUGGUCUUGAAGACUCGGCAACAGGUAUCACCUACACCGAUUUCCUCCCUCAAAAUGACUUUGUCCAUUAUGCGUCAUGAAGGUGUGAGAGGUUUCUACAGGGGUUUUGGUACCUCUUUAAUGGGCACUGUCCCAGCUCGUGCACUUUACAUGGGAGCACUAGAGGUAACCAAGAGUGGUGUAGGUUCAGCAACUAUUAGGUUAGGUUUUUCAGAUACUACAGCAGUGGCUAUAGCCAACGCUGCAGCUGGGUUGAGCUCAGCAAUGGCUGCCCAGUUAGUUUGGACGCCAAUUGAUGUUGUGAGCCAAAGACUGAUGGUUCAAGGUUGCGGUAAGAAUUUGCUGCCCAAUGUGAAUUGUAGAUAUAGCAAUGGCAUCGAUGCCUUUCGAAAAAUUCUGUAUUCAGAUGGUCCUAGAGGAUUGUAUAGGGGAUUUGGGAUUUCAAUAGUGGCUCAUGCACCAUCUAAUGCGAUCUGGUGGACCUCUUAUUCAAUGGCAAAUCGGUUCAUUUCAGAUAGUAUUGGAUGCUACAUGACCAAGAAAGAUGAGAGUAGUGUUCUUCCUGGGUGUGGCUUUAGGCCUAUUUCAAUGUCCAUGUUGGGAGUGCAAGGAGUGAGUGCAGCCAUAGCUAGUGGCAUUUCAGCCUUAGUAACGAUGCCUCUCGACACAGUUAAGACUAGACUGCAGGUUUUGGAUGGUGAAGAGAAUGGGAGAAGAAAGCCAUUGACAAUUAUGCAAACAGUUAGGAAUUUGGUGAAGGAAGGUGGGUUGAGUGCUUGUUACAGGGGAUUGGGGCCAAGGUGGGCUUCAAUGUCUUUUUCUGCAACAACAAUGGUGACUACAUAUGAGUUUUUGAAACGUCUUUCUGCUAAGAACCAAGAAUGUUCUACAUCAUGACUGAUUUCAGCAAAUCUUGAUAGUGGCAUAAGAAUACAGAGGGAACUACUUUUGUACCAAAAGCCUGAAAUCCUCUUAAUUUUUGUUACCUUUAUUCUCUGUUGGCUUUACCAGCCCACUUUAUCCUGCCUUUACAACAAGGCUGACUAAUGUAAAUUCUCACACUUUUUCUUCUCUCUGUUAGUUUUGGUGCUGAUCAUAUCAAAAUCAAUGUAAAUUGUAGAAAAAGCAAUGAAGGUUUUUCUGCUCCUUUCAUGCCCUGGUUAUGUUCACAAUCUGGAUUCUGGAACUGUUUACAGUUCACCAUAUGAAUUCUUGUUUGUUCAA